GUAGAGAUCAACACACACUGCUCUUAGUGCCAGGACCUAGAGAGGGGAGCGUGGAGAGGGCAUCAGGGGGCCUUGGAGUCCCAUCAGUAAAGCACAUGUUUCCUUUCUGUGAUUCCUCAAGCCCCAUGGACUUACCGCUUUACCAACAACUGCAGCUAAGCCCGUCUUCCCCAAAGACGGACCAAUCCAGCAGCUUCUACUGCUACCCAUGCUCCCCUCCCUUCGCCGCCGCCGACGCCAGCUUUCCCCUCAGCUACCAGAUCGGUAGUGCCGCGGCCGCCGACGCCACCCCUCCACAAGCCGUGAUCAACUCGCCGGACCUGCCGGUGCAGGCGCUGAUGGACCACGCGCCGGCGCCGGCUACAGAGCUGGGCGCCUGCGCCAGUGGUGCAGAAGGAUCCGGCGCCAGCCUCGACAGGGCGGCUGCCGCGGCGAGGAAAGACCGGCACAGCAAGAUAUGCACCGCCGGCGGGAUGAGGGACCGCCGGAUGCGGCUCUCCCUUGACGUCGCGCGCAAAUUCUUCGCGCUGCAGGACAUGCUUGGCUUCGACAAGGCAAGCAAGACGGUACAGUGGCUCCUCAACACGUCCAAGUCCGCCAUCCAGGAGAUCAUGGCCGACGACGCGUCUUCGGAGUGCGUGGAGGACGGCUCCAGCAGCCUCUCCGUCGACGGCAAGCACAACCCGGCAGAGCAGCUGGGAGGAGGAGGAGAUCAGAAGCCCAAGGGUAAUUGCCGCGGCGAGGGGAAGAAGCCGGCCAAGGCAAGUAAAGCGGCGGCCACCCCGAAGCCGCCAAGAAAAUCGGCCAAUAACGCACACCAGGUCCCCGACAAGGAGACGAGGGCGAAAGCGAGGGAGAGGGCGAGGGAGCGGACCAAGGAGAAGCACCGGAUGCGCUGGGUAAAGCUUGCUUCAGCAAUUGACGUGGAGGCGGCGGCUGCCUCGGGGCCGAGCGACAGGCCGAGCUCGAACAAUUUGAGCCACCACUCAUCGUUGUCCAUGAACAUGCCGUGUGCUGCCGCUGAAUUGGAGGAGAGGGAGAGGUGUUCAUCAGCUCUCAGCAAUAGAUCAGCAGGUAGGAUGCAAGAAAUCACAGGGGCGAGCGACGUGGUCCUGGGCUUUGGCAACGGAGGAGGAGGAUACGGCGACGGCGGCGGCAACUACUACUGCCAAGAGCAAUGGGAACUCGGUGGAGUCGUCUUUCAGCAGAACUCACGCUUCUACUGAACACUACGGGCGCACUAGGUACUAGAACUACUCUUUCGACUUACAUCUAUCUCCUUUCCCUCAACGUGAGCUUCUCAAUAAUUUGCUGUCUUAAUCUAUGCGUGUGUUUCUCUUUCUAGACUUCGUAAUUGGCUGUGUGACGAUGAACUAAGUUUGGUCAUCGCAUGAUGAUGUAUUAUAGCUAGCUAGCAUGCACUGUGGCGUUGAUUCAAUAAUGGAAUUAAUCGGUGUCGUCGAUUUGGUGAUUUCCGAACUGAAUCUCUGUGAUGAACGAGAUCAAACAGUAUCCGCCGGUGACGGACGUUCAUUACUAUUGGCAAGCAAAGCAAGUACUAAUGUAAUUCAGCUGUUUGAUGACAGAAUGAAAAAAAUGUUGAAGGCUGAAGCUAUAACAUGCUGAAAGAGAGGCUUUUGCUAGGUAAAAGUCUAGCUCACAAGGUCAAUUCCAUGAUGCCGUUUGUAUGCAUGUUAAAAUCUGCACCUAAUGGCGCGGCUUUAUAUAGUCUUAUAAUUCAUGGAUCAAACA